UCUGUAGGCAGGAGGAGGAAGCUGAGGCUGUCGUCUGCUGGUCAGCUGUGAGGAUGGUGGAACACCUUUGACAUGACGCUACAUGGAUGUUUGUGUGAAUGGUUAAUGAGUGAGGAUGAAUAUUGGUGGAUCCAAGAAAGAACAUUAAUAACUCGAAAUUAGAACAUUUCAUCAGCUGUCAUCAGAAUGCUCGGUAUUCUCUUAUGGAAUGUUUUUGUAUUUGCUGCGGGUGCUGUGAGUGUAAUAGUUUCAGCAUGGUGGUGGAUAACAACACAAAAACUGCCAGAACCAGAGACCGAAAAACCAACCAUAACAGAUACCAGCUUACCGGAAGAACUUGUAGAUAAGCUAAGGCAAGGAGAUAGGUUCCACCGUCGUGAGACCUGCUUGGCACUCAACUUAAUACUUCAAUUCUUUUUCCAGGAAAAGCGUUAUGAAGCUGGAAUCAUGCGUUGGCUUACAAACAUUCUAACUCUCGAAUUUAAUGAUCUGUUGAAACAUAAAGCCCUCUCAAAGUUCAUCCACAAUAUGCAGAUCCGAGACUUAAAUCUAGGAGCAAACUUUCCAGUUAUUCGAGCAGUGACAGCUAAGCAUGUGAACCUGAACCCUGAUACCUCAACUCUUGAAGAAAUUGACAUCAUGGUGGAAGUGGAAUACAAUGGAGGAAUCCAGUUGGCUGUUGAUGCUUCUUCAAGGUUCUCCAAGGCCGCCAUGGUUAAAAUUAAAGUUGUUCAUCUCUCUGGUAAUGGUCGACUGCAGUUUUCUCGGCAUCCCUUCACACACUGGAACUUCUCCUUUUAUGAGGAACCUCAAGUAGAAUUUGAGGUUUACUCAAGCCUUGGUCUACACAUUCCACGUUUCAACUCCAUCAUUAUCUCCCAAUUACGAGGAAUUCUGAAGCGCAAGCAUACCCUUCCAUAUUUCAAAUUGCGAGGUCCACCACUCAUCAAGAGAAUAAUUCAUCCAAUCAACGAAGAAGGUUGUUCCGUCCCUUCAGGAAGACUGACUGGAAGCAUUGUGAAGUGUACAAGAUUGCAGGCUGUCCUAGUUGGAGAGGUAAUGUACUGUACUGUGAUACUGAGUGAAGUUCCUAUUGUGUGUGCUAUAGAGAAACCAUCUGGGCUGUGGGUCAUACAAGACAUAAUCCUCAAGCGCCCCCAAGGAUCAUCAGCCGGUAUUUUAUUGCGCAAUGCAGAUGAGGGCACACAGAUGGUUGAGUCAGUCCAGCAAAAUUCUCCAGCUCAUGCAGCAGGCCUUAGAAAGAAUGACAUACUCUUAGCUGUUAAUGGGACAUAUCUGAACUCUGGGCAGCAAGCAGCAAAGUUAUUCUCUACAAACAACAUUAAUGGUGACAGUAAUAGCAUCACCUUGAGAGUAAAGCGGCUAGUUCAACCCGAGCCCAGGAAGGUGGUAGCUGAGCAAAGAGCCGUUGGUUCAGAUGGUGCUUCACCGGUUGUCGGGGAGGAUACCUCAGGUAGACUCCAUAUAGCUUCCAGUGGCCAGUCUAUUGUCGCAACUUGCACUGCCAACAGUAGUUAUAGUGGAGAAAAGUCUUCUAGUGCCUGGGUAGACACCUCAAGUAGUGGUACCCUAGGUUGCAUUGGGACCAGUGAUGCUGGCAUUGCUCGUGGUGGAGGGGCCAUGUCUUGUAGUAGUGUUAUGGGUAGAAGUAGCCAAAGUGGUGGCUGUAGAGGAGGUAGCAGCAAUAUUGGAACUACUGCCUCUUCCUCUCUUGGUGGCGGUAGUAGCAAUACUGGUAGCAGUAGUCGUGGUAUUGGUGGUGGUAGUAAAGGCAUUGAUCAUGCUGGUAACUCCUGUGCUGGUAGUGUUGGUUCAGGAGCUUCAUUAGGUAGCAACAGUGGCGGUAUUGAUGAUGAUGGUGUGCCUGGAGGAUCACGUGCUGUUAGCCCCUCUCACUUGCUUGCUGGGAUAAUGGGAACGUUCAACGGAGGCCGGCCAGCUAAGCACCGCUCUCUGCCAGGCUCACCUGUCCUGCAGCGCACCAGUAGGAAUCGUAUAAGCUCGACACGAGAUGGUGACAUUAGUGGAAGUGGCAGAUCAACACCAGACUCAAGCCACAACAGUAGUCCAGAACUGAAGCGUAAACUUUUGGACCUAAACACGCUUUCCACAGAUUCACGGCCAACUUUAUCCAGCCAGGAUAAAUCUCCUGUAACCUCUUCAAUAAAUAAAAGCCUUCCUCGGCCAUUAGUAGGGAUCAGCCAAGAUAAGUCGCCAGGUUCCACUUUUGUCAAUCAGAGUUCUCCUGUGUCCCAACCUAUUAAUGAGAAGCCACCAUCAAAUCAAAGCAGCAAAGCAGGGACUCCUACCUCACAGGAAAUUAUGAUGGUCUAUAAUACAGAAAGACGAGGAAUGAGGAAACAUGCAGGAAAAAACAAAACACACUUGAAGAUUUUGCAGACACCCUUUGUUGAUGGAAGUGGUGACCCGUUGUUUGAUAGUGACUUUGAAUUUUGGUUGGAGGAGGAAUACAAAUUCCUCAAUGUUGCUGUUUGGAGUAGAAACAUUUCCUCAUCAAAGCAAGAUAGUGACUCAGGGUCUUUUGAUAAAUGUAAAGAGAGUAAGGAUAAAAGUAAAUCCAAAGAAAAUGAAAAAGAAAGAAAAAGGAGUAGAGAAAGUGAUAAGUUAAAAACACGUGAUGACAAAGCGACAGCAGGUCUGACUGAUGACACACUUAUGGGUUAUGUGAACAUCCCACUCAUAUCUCUGAUUCCUGAGACAACUCUUAACACCCAGGGUCAUGUUAUAAAAAUACUGACUCUGAACCCUCCACAGCCAAAGUGUCCUGAAGUGUCUUCAGACCCUCUAAUUCCACAUAAAGGUUUCAACCCUAGUUUGUGCUAUGGGGACAUGAUGCUUUCACUUACUUACCAACCCCAAGACAGAUGUGAGGCUAUUGGCAGGGGAAGUCUUGAUAAAAAUGCAAUCUCAGAAGAUGAAAGCCUUACUGAUGGAACAGUUUCGGAGGAAGAUGAUGUGUUAGGUGUGCAGGAGAUUGUGGAGGAUCGUAACCAUGAUUUCAAGAGAACUCACUUCCACUCGGCUACACAGUGUGAUUUUUGUAAGAAAAAGAUCUGGUUGAAAGAUGCUUACCAGUGUGGAGAGUGUGGUAUAAUUUGUCAUAAGAAAUGUAUGGUAAAAUGUGAACAAGAAACUGUUUGUGAUGCUGGCGGACUUCGAUAUAGAGAUUCUUCAAGAAGUGAUCCCCGAGAUGGCCGGGACAACAAAGAAAUGCCACCAGAAAUUAUAACAACAGCUGCAGUGGGUACAUGGGGAGAAAAUGGCAGCCCAGGAAAUACUCCGCCUGUGUCACCCCAGAUUCGUCUUUGCAAAGGAUGGUUUUGCCGUCUCCUUGUUUUUCUUUCCCUUGGUUAAUUCCUGUUUUGAGGAAAAAGGAAACAGAUUUGAAGCAUCAGAGUUUUCCCUGCUUAGUUGCAGCUCAGUCUGAUUUGAGGUGAACAAUCUUCUUCAUAAUUCUUUUGAAUUAUGCUCUGAGAUUAGAUUAGCCAUUAAAUCUUUUGACUGUGUAUUGGUGUGACAAAAAAGUGAAGCUUCCCAUAUUCCUUUCUAGUGCAUAUGUACAAUUGUACAUAGACCAUAUUUAUAUUUUAAUCUCAUUUGCUUCUAGUCAAAACUUUCUUCUGCCUUUUUUUGUAAAAGAAUUAAUCAGCCUGUUUGAAAAACAUAUCUCAUAUGCUUCAAAUCUAACCUGCUUUUCUAUUAAAAAUUUUAUUACUCUAUGUAUUUUCCAUGAAAUCCAAUCCCAGAACCUUUAGCUAAGUUUAUGGCUACCACAGAGGAUUCAUCUUUAUUGACACCUCGCAGUGAAUAUUUUGCAGCAACAAAAGAGUUCACACAUAGAAUAUUGGAAUUGCAGGUUCAUAUAUUUUCAGUUCAAUUUGUUUUAUAUGGUAACAUAUUUUUUUCUUUCUUAUAAUGUCGUGAGCCUAGUCAAUACUGGAUGAGCAGUUGCUUGAACAUAGCCUCACCCUUAUCUAAGGGAAACAUUAAUAAACCAAUGGCUUUCUGUCCUUGACACCAUACCUUGCUGUAAAGGAUGUAUUCUUUUAGCAGAAUCUGAUUGGAUUAUCAACAUAUAUUGAUAAAGGUUCUGUACACAUAUUUUACUAGGUUAUGAUUACAUGAUUGACAUUGAAGAACUAACCAGAACAGAUUUUUAUAUCUUAUCAACAAUGGCAUAAACUUCAUCAUAUUGCUGCUAAAUCUAGUUGAUAUGACAGUACACAAUGCUGUAAAUACUAUAGGGUUCUAAAGCUGCUUCACUCUACAUUCCUUUCACUUAGCUCAGCCUUUUUAUUUCAGGUUCUUUUGUUUGUAGUUUACAGUGCUGUGUUCACAUUUAAUUUUACAAGGAACAAAUUUGGCAAUUGCAGCACAGAUCCUUGAUUAGUGGCAAAUUAAUUUUUUUUAUGAUAUACCACAGUUUGCAACAUAAACUACCAGAACAAAAGUUUUCAUUUAUUCCGCCCCUCCCCUUCGCCUUGCUCUCUCUCUCUCUCACUCACUCAUUCACUGUUUUUCAUACUUUCUCUCAUUUUACCUUCCCCAGUUUUCCCCUCCUUUCCUUUUCCCCCUUCUUCCCUCCUUCCUGUCUGCCCCUUCCCUGGGAACUCAGAGACUUGCUCACAUGUGUUAUUCAUUGGGGUACAGGUUUUUAUCUUGCAGAUUUGUUCUUUAAUGUAUCCUUUAUUAAGUGAAUUUAUAUAAACAGAAUUUAUUGUGUAAGUUUUUUGGGUACACUGUAGAGGGUUGGCUAGGCACUCGGGCUCCAAAUUAAAAAACUAAUGAUAUGAUUUUAUUCAGAAUACACAUUCAGUACAUUUCCCAUACCCAACUUUUUCUUUUUCUGGACAUUUUUUUACGAUUGCCUGUAUUAACCAGAUUAACAGCCAGAUUUAAAAUAAUAUGGCUUCUUGGCACACAGUGUCUCCAAAUUCAAAACAAAAUUAGUUAUGGAAAGAAUUUAAUGGUACUGCAUUUGUUAAUUCUAAAUUCAUGAGAGCCUCUUUGAACCUAACUCAUGAAUUUGGGAUAGAUUGUUCAUAGCAUUAAAAUGACUGACAAAGCUGUGAGUGGUGAUGGCAGAUUAUUUUGUAAUAUUAUCCUGGAAAUAAAUGAAAAAUGAAGCCAUACACUGCAGAAUUGUUCAAUGUAAAUACAUCUAGGCUGUUUUAAAAGUGGAUGCCAUCAAGAACUUUAAUUAGGUAAAAGGACACAUGGGCAACUAAUGUGACAUUUUAUUAUGGCAAGGUUUCGCUCAUGAGGAGCUUUGUCAAGCUGUUAGUAAUGGCCUGACAAAGCUUCUGGAGAGCGAAAUGUUACCACAGUAAAAUGUCACAUUAGUUGCAUUUGUGUCCUUUUAUCUAACAUUUUGUCGGUAAUUCUAUCAACAUUAUUAUAAGAACUUUAAUUUUUGCUGAAGAUAAGACUACUCCAGAUUUUAUGGCUGCCUAGAACUAGUCUUACACUUUUCUGUGUGACAGUGCAACUGGAGAUUGUAAACAAAAGCCCAUGUUAGCUUACUACUCUGAAAGACCAAGGACUGGAGGGAGCUCCUUCAAAAGCUCUCUCUGAAUUCUCAUACUCAGUUAAGAAGACUUGAGUAGCCAUGAAUGUUUCAAGACUGGUUUAUUAUGUUUCCUUCCCAGCUGUUGAAGCAUAAUGUACUAAGAAAAGUAUUACUUGCUUGGUACAAUAUGACUCCUAAUGGAUAAUUCCUCAUGCCAUCCCAUUAACUUCAGUAAAAAUCAUCCAAACAUUCCAGGGUUAAGCUUCUUCCCAAGAAGUGGUACACUCUGUAAUCAUUAUUUAACUACAUGUAAACCACACAACAACCAAAUUCUGUAAAUUCAACAUUGUAAUCUUUAUAGAGAAUAAACUUUGAAUUUGAAUUUGAAGAACACAAUUUUGUUUAUUCAGCCAAAGGACAAAGGUAUUAUAUCUACAUUUAAGGCUUAUUAUUUCAUAGAAAAUUUGCUUAGUAUAUUAGAGAAAUUGAUGAUGAAGAUAAGCCAAUAAUUAGGUAAUUCUAGCAAGGAUACAUCACGAAUUCUAUUGAAUUCUUAAAAUCCAUCAGAGGUGUCAAAGCAUUUCAUGUUCAUUAAAUGACCUCAUUUCAGUCAUUCUGAACGUGUAUGGAGAAAACUAGUCUCAUUGUAUCAAUGGCUUCUGUGGUUUGAAAGAGAGAAUUCCAGUUAUUUACAAGAAGGUAAUAGAUUAUGCUAAAGAUGUUGGGUUUCAAGACAUUAAGGAGGCUGAUGUGGAGUUAAUGCAGUUGGAUACAGAAGAUAAUUCAAGUGAAGAGUUGAUGCAACUUAAACAGAAUACCACUGUUUUGGGAGGUGACUGGUUGUUGAAACUAUACCAGCCCAAUAUGAAUUCACUCUGCAGAAAUUGUCAAAGAAUAUAAGCCACAUAGAGGCAGAUAUAGCUGUCAUUACAGAAAGUGAUCAAAGCUGAGAAUGUAAUGAUAGAAUCAUCAGCUUAUUACAUAAUUUAAUUCACAAACACAGGAAGCUGUAACAGAGAAAAAAUAGGUGAGUUGUCAUUGAUGACAUUUCUUAUUUGUGUAAUAAAUUGAUGUUUUUUCCAUAAGAAAAUGUUUCUUGCAAAUUCUCUCAUAUGCUUCGUGAAGAUCUACAUGUCAUGUAAUCCUCAGCAGGAUUCCUCCUCCUACAAAUACUUACUCAGAUAGAGGAAGUUUAUGAUCCUGUUCCUCUCUCCCCUCACCCAACUCCAAUACCAAAACUCCAUCAUUAUCACCAUCACACCACAUGUACUCGGAAGACUUACAUUUGCCAAAUAUUGAUUUAUAUUUUUCAGUAUCAAUUAUUUACUGUUUGUUUUCAUUUUAUUUUUUCUGUAACUUGUAUGACUAUUUUUUGCUGAAAUAUGUGGUGGAAGUCUAUAGGAAAACAUAUUUUGAUAGAUGAAAAUUCAUCUAAUGAAUGAUUUACCAGGAAUGCAAUCCCCUCACUAAGCGGGGACUGUUUGUACUUGUACUUUCCUGUCUUUUGCUUGGUUCCUAGGUGUACUUUACUGCUUGUUUAUACAUAUUGAGGCAACCUUCAUUCCUUCCACAUUUAUAUUAUUUAUUUAAAGCAAGUCACAGCUGCUUCACUUAUAUAUUAGUCAGACCAUUAGAUAAAAAAUCUUUCAACAGUAUUUUCAUUAUUUUUACAGUUUCUAUCACCUAAAACUAUUAAAUGCUAUGGAAGAUUCUUCAUUUGCUAUAUUGAUAAUGAGUAUAGUACACUGCAUCAGAUUAUUUUUUUAUUUUACUUUUUAAUUAAUAGAAAAGUGAAAUAUUACAUAGAGUCUAAAAGCUAUGAAAGCUAACUUAUAAAUGCAUUUAUUUAUGUACACACACACACACACUAUAAUGUUUGGUUCCAGAAAUUUUUUUUAGCCAUAAUAGUAAAAAUUGCCAUUGACACACGUUUUCCUCCCACAUCUUGGCA